AUGUUUCUGAAAGGCAAAAAGUGGCACAGUGAUAGCAGUUCCCAAAGUAGUGAGAUCAGUACUAAGAGCAAGUCUCAAGAUGGAAAGUUGCCUUUUGUUCCUCUGGAGAAAGAAUUUAUUAUGAGAGUUUCCAAGUAUGAUAUAAAAGUAUCAACAUCAGAUCAGCAUGACAUCUUGCACAGGCAUGCUCUAUAUUUAAUCAUCUGGAUUUGUUAUGAUGAUGGUCUGCAGGCAGGAAAAAGCUUAUUGGCUCUGAAGACCACAGAUACAAGCAAUGAUGGAUACAGCCUAUGGGUUUAUCAGUGCAACAGCCUGGAAUAG